AUAUGAAAACGUAGUUAAUACGAAUAAGUAAUCAAUAGCAGUGGGGAAAGAGGAACGUCUCGAAGUUGAGUGAACUCGCCAGUGCCAUGGUUACGAACGUAGUGAAAUUAGUAGUAGUAGCAGCAAACCUAUAACAUUGGACUUUGGAUUAGGUAGUAAUUGUGAGCCUGAAGCAUAAUGUACCAGUGAGUCUUCAAAACAGUUAUGAUGUUGGCAGUAAAACAUCUGUUUAUCGUGCUCAUUGCAAGAAGUCUGGAAUAAUUAUGUCUUCAGCAAAAAGUGGCUACGUAUGUACUCCAUGUACAUUUUCUAGUUGUGUUGGAUUGCCUUUUAAUGACAACUGCAUCUCAGAUGGUUCUAGAAAAUCACCUAUUUUUGUUUCAUCAGAUAGCCAACUUCAGAAUAAUGCACAAGUAUCAGAAUCUGACUUAAAAGCUUUGAAGUAUGUUGAUGAACAUGAAGCAAAAAACUCUUCUGAAAUGAAACCUGAACCAACAGGUAUUAGUUGUAAUUAUGACUAUAAACAGGAAGAAUCUACAGGAACACAAGAUUUACUUAAAAGAAAGAAAAUUACAAGAAAGAAAAGCAUUUUUUGCAGUUCAACAGCUCAUGAUCUUCGGCAUUUUGAUUUUGAUAAUGAGGAGGAAUUUAAAGGACCUCAAACUAAACAAUAUUCUACAUAUAGAACUAAUAAUCAACCAUCUGUUAUUUCUUCAUUUUCUAAGUUAUACAGUGGGAAAGAACCAGCCAAUAACUGUACUUUAAAUCUGGUAGAACCAAAUAAAUUAAGAGUGGAUUCAGUUAUAGAGAGAAGUGAGAAUAAGUUAGGUACGCAUAAUUCUGUUCAAUUUUUAACUAGUCAAGACAGGGCUUUAAGUUCAAACAUAACAGAUAGUGGUGAUAUUGAGAACUGGCCAGAGACUACUAAAGAUGCCAGUAAAGAUAAAAUGAAUGCUGAAAGUGUUAGUGAAGGACAUGGAAAGCAACAGUUCCAGCAGCAAGUGGGUUAUAUUUGCAGUCUUCAGAAUUUACAAGAAUGUGCAAGGUUUCCAAGAGUUAUAGGACGGGUCUGGCUUGUCCAUGGUCUGCUUAAAGCGUAUGGAUUGUUAGAGUGUGUGAAUGUUGUACCCUGUCAAGUUGCCACAUUAGAAGACUUGAAGAUGUUUCAUUCAGAAGAGUAUGUAGCUUUUUUGUCAAGGGUGAAUACGCUGAGUGAUAUUGAGAGAGAGGAUUUACUUGAGGAAUCACAACAGUUUGGUUUAGGGUAUGAUUGUCCUCUGGUACCACGUUUGUUGGAUCUGGUGGCCCAGGUGGCAGGAGCAACUCUGACAGCAGCUCGAGCUUUACUUGAUGGAACAUGUCAGAUUGCUGUCAACUGGACUGGAGGUUGGCAUCAUGCUAAGAAAGAUGAAGCUGCAGGGUUUUGUUACAUAAAUGAUGUUGUCCUUGGUAUUCUCUGUCUUCGAAAAAAAUUUCAAAGGAUUCUUUAUGUGGACCUAGAUCUACAUCAUGGUGAUGGAGUGGAAGAAGCUUUUACGUACACAUCAAAGGUUAUGUGUUUAUCAUUCCACAAGUUUUGUGAAGGAUUUUUCCCAGGUACAGGGUCACUUUCUGAUAUUGGUUUAGGUAAAGGUCGCUUUUAUACAAUAAACGUGCCCUUAAAAGAUGGAAUUCGAGAUGACAAUUUCUGCUGGAUUGUUGAAAGGUAUUGGCUUUCUCAGCCAUUAUCUUGUGUUAGGACACCAUCUCGUGCUUUCAAACAAGAUUUCAUAGAGGCAGGUGGCUACAAUUUUCCAAAUACUGCUCGUUGUUGGACAUAUGUCAUGGCUGAGAUGUUGGAACACCACCUUGAACCAGAUAUUCCUGACCAUGAGUACCUGUUAAUGUACGGCCCUGACUACAACAUUGACAUUACACCAGGAAACAGAGCUGACUGUAAUACAAUGGAAUACUUGCAGGAUAUUCUGAACACAGUAACAGAAAACCUUAAGAAUUUGAAGUGAAUGAAAAUUUAAAACAAUUU